GUAGUCUGAUAUGUCUAUAAAAGGAGCCCUUACAGGCCUUGAUAAAUCACUGCAGAGCUAAGAAGGAAGCCGAGUUAAGGUUUACUCAAUUCUGUCUCUCACUUCCUCAUCAACUGUAUAGAAGAUCUGACCCUAAAACAUGGGUGCUUCUCUUCCUGUAUCAUCGGCAUUUGUUUUAGCUUUUCUCUUUGCCACUAACUCUCUUUGGGUCUUUCCUGAGGCUGCUGCUGCAGAACAUGCAGCAGGCGUUACAAGGCACUACAAGUUUGACAUAAGGUUGGAAAAUGUUACCCGAUUGUGCCACACGAAGAGCAUGGUGACAGUAAAUGGGAAGUUCCCUGGGCCUCGAGUUAUUGCUAGAGAAGGUGAUAGAUUGGUAGUUAAGGUGGUCAAUCAUGUUCCCAACAACAUCAGCAUCCAUUGGCAUGGAGUCAGACAACUAAGGAGUGGAUGGUUUGAUGGGCCGUCAUAUAUAACUCAAUGCCCUAUUCAAACUGGCCAGAGUUAUGUGUACAACUUCACCAUUGUUGGCCAAAGAGGAACUCUCUGGUGGCAUGCCCAUAUCUCAUGGCUAAGAGCUACUGUCUAUGGGCCUCUCAUCAUCCUCCCCAAGCAUAAUGCAUCCUACCCAUUUGCCAAACCAUACGAGGAAGUUCCCAUCAUAUUUGGAGAGUGGUGGAAUGCUGAUCCAGAGGCAGUCAUCAGCCAGGCUCUUCAGACUGGCGCCGGUCCGAAUGUCUCUGACGCCUACACCAUUAAUGGACUUCCCGGGCCAUUGUACAAUUGUUCUAAAAAAGAUACGUUCAAGCUAAAGGUGAAGCCAGGGAAGACAUACCUCCUCCGUUUGAUCAAUGCUGCACUCAAUGACGAGCUCUUUUUCAGCAUAGCAAACCACAGCCUAACAGUUGUUGAAGCAGAUGCAAUUUACAUUAAGCCGUUCAAGACCAAUGUACUGCUCAUUACACCGGGACAGACAACUAAUGUUCUUCUGAAAACCAAGCCCCAAGAUCCCAAUGCUGCAUUCCUCAUGUUAGCCAGACCCUAUUUCACAGGCUUAGGAACCUUCGACAAUUCCACAGUUGCUGGCAUUCUAGAGUAUGAGCAGUCAUCAAGUUCUUCUUCUUUGAAAAAACGUCCACUUCUCAAACCCGCCCUCCCUCCCCUCAAUGCCACUUCCUUCGUCAUGAACUUUACCAGGAAAUUUCGAAGUUUGGCCACUGCUAAAUUCCCUGCCCAAGUUCCCCAAACCGUCCAAAAACAGUUUUUCUUCACUGUAGGCUUAGGAAGCAACCCCUGCCCAAGAAACCAGACCUGCCAAGGGCCUAAUAACAGCUCCAAGUUUGCAGCUUCAGUCAACAAUGUCUCCUUUAUUCUCCCCACCACUGCAAUCCUCCGAGCACAUUUCUUUGGGAGAUCUAAUGGGGUUUUCACCACUGAUUUUCCGAGCUCUCCUCUCCAACCAUUUAACUAUACUGGCACAGCACCCAACAACACCAAUGUGAGCAAUGGAACCAAAGCGGUGGUGCUACCAUAUAAUACUAGUGUGGAGGUGGUGAUGCAGGACACCAGCAUUCUGGGUGCUGAGAGCCAUCCUCUCCAUCUUCAUGGCUUCAACUUCUUCAUUGUUGGCCAGGGUUUUGGGAACUUUCAUCCUAGUAAAGAUCCUCUCAACUUUAACCUUGUUGACCCAGUUGAAAGGAACACCGUCGGUGUGCCCUCCGGUGGUUGGGUGGCAAUUCGAUUCCUUGCGGACAACCCGGGUGUGUGGUUGAUGCAUUGCCACUUUGAUGUCCAUCUCAGCUGGGGUUUAAGGAUGGUCUGGGUUGUCCAGGAUGGGAAGCUUCCCAAUCAGAAGCUGCCUCCUCCACCGUCGGAUUAUCCCAAGUGUUGACCUUUAACACGUGUUGACUCAAUGAAUGCAGGCCAUGAGCUUUUUUU